AUGCCGGAACCUAGCUGUGCUGCGCCUCUCCCGCUGUCCACGCCGCACACGGAGCGAAGAGGGGUAAGAUCCAAGGACAUCGGAUGGCGUCAGAGACCACCAGGAACGGAGAAGAGCAGAGAGUUCAGUCUAACGAUUGUGUUUUUUGCCAGCAGUGGGGUAGGGAGGUGCUGGGGAAUACGUGAGCAUCAGUUUAUGAUCAUCUGUUUUUUUCUUCCCCUCGUGUCAAGAUGCAUGAGAGACCAUAGCUGCAAGACCCCACCCAUCACUCAUUGGUCAGAAAUGGCUGAGAUAAAGGGUUGGGGAAAGAAACAGGGAUCUCUAAGUGAAUCACUGGGAGAUGCGGAAUUAACUGCUGUCUCCUUGUGUUGCCGUCCCUUCACCCUCACAAGAGUGUUCAGGAAGCUAGAAUGA